CCGCAGCUAGAGGCCACAGCGGCCAUCACGUGACGGGGAGGGGCGCUCGCCGCGCGGCCCAGCCAAUCACCGUGUGGGUUUCGUGGGGCCCAGGGUCGUCAUUGGACAUCGGCAGCGGGAGACCCCGGGCUCCGCUACCUGUUGCUAGGGCUCCGGUAGACCGGCUGCGCGGCGCUGGAGGACGGCCGCGUCUCGCGAGAGCUGCGCUCCCUCUGCUCUCGGCUGCUGCAGCGCUGCAGGCGCAGACAUGGACGCUCACGAGGAUUCUACCUGGCCGCGGGCUAGCUCGGAGCUCAUACUCCUCCCGGUUACGGGUCUGGAGUGCGUGGGCGACCGGCUGUUGGCGGGUGAGGGGCCAGAUGUCUUGGUGUACAGCUUGGAUUUGGGUGGACAUCUGCGGAUGAUGAAGAGAGUACAGAACCUGCUUGGCCACUACCUUAUCCAUGGGUUCCGGGUGCGACCAGACCCCAAAGGAAACCUUGAUACGGAGGCCAUGGUGGCCGUUUUUGGAAGCAAGGGGCUCCGGAUUGUGAAAGUUAGCUGGGGACAGGGCCGCUUCCGGGAGCUCUGGCGCUCUGGCCUGUGGAACAUGUCUGACUGGAUCUGGGAUGCACAUUGGCUUGAGGGCAACAUAGCCUUGGCUCUGGGUCACAACUCGGUAGUACUGUAUGACCCUGUGGUAGGUUGUGUCCAGCAGGAAGUUCACUGCACGGACAGGUGUACUCUGUCCUCAGCCUGUCUAAUCGGAGACUCCUGGAAGGAACUGACAAUAGUAGCAGGUGCCGUUUCAAACCAGCUUCUGGUCUGGUACCCAGCAACUGGCUCUACAGAUGAGCCAGUGGCCCCUGACCGGCGGGUUAGUGGGCAUGUAGGUGUCAUCUUCAGCAUGUCAUACCUGGAAAGCAAGGGCUUGCUGGCCACAGCUUCAGAAGACCGAAGUGUUCGCAUCUGGAAGGUGGGUGACCUGCGAGUGCCUGGGGGUCGGGUGCAGAAUAUUGGACACUGCUUUGGUCACAGUGCCAGGGUGUGGCAAGUCAAGCUCCUGGAGAAUUACCUUAUCAGUGCAGGAGAGGACUGUGUCUGUCUGGUAUGGAGCCACGAAGGUGAGAUCCUCCAGGCCUUUCGGGGUCACCAGGGACGUGGGAUUCGGGCCCUAGCUACACACGAGGGGCAGGCAUGGGUGGUCACUGGAGGUGAUGACUCAGGCAUCAGGCUGUGGCACCUGGUAGGGCGUGGUUGCCCUGGUUCAGGAGUUUCAUCUCUUGAAUUCAAGUCCCAAAAUAGGCCGGGUGCCCUCAAGGCUGUGACGCUGGCUGGUUCAUGGCGAUUGCUGGCAGUAACUGAUGUAGGGACUCUGUACCUCUAUGACCUCGAGGUCAAGUCCUGGGAGCAGCUCCUGGAGGAUAAACACUUUCAGUCCUACUGUCUCCUGGAGGCAGCCCCUGGUCCUGAGGGCUUUGGACUGUGUGCCAUGGCUAAUGGGGAGGGUCGUGUUAAGGUUGUCCCCAUUAACACUCCAACUGCAGCUGUGGACCUUACCCCAUUCAAUGGCAAGGUGCACAGCCUAAGCUGGGCCCUGCGUGGCUAUGAGGAACUCCUGUUGCUGGCAUCUGGCCCUGGAGGGGUGAUCACUUGCCUGGAGAUCACGGCUGCACCCUCUGGCAAGGCCAUAUUUGUCAAGGAGCGCUGCCGGUACCUGCUGCCUCCCAGCAAGCAACGCUGGCACACCUGCAGUGCCUUCCUGCCCCCGGGCGACUUCCUGGUGUGCGGAGACCGCAGGGGCUCUGUGAUGCUUUUUCCCUCCAGACCAAAUCUGCUCAAGGAUCUGGACAUUGGAGGCAAACUUGGGAUUGCUGCCCUCGCACUUGGAGUUACUAGUAAUAGCAGUGGUGUCGAUGACGAUAGCAUGGAGGAGUGGGGCCCUGUGUCCACCCUCCCUUCUCUUCAUGGGAAGCAGGGUGUGACCUCAGUCACCUGUCACGGUGGCUACGUGUACACCACAGGACGUGAUGGUGCCUACUACCAGCUCUUCGUGCGAAAUGGCCAGCUCCAUCCAGUCCUAAGGCAGAAGUCCUGCCGAGGCAUGAACUGGGUGGCUGGGCUUCGCAUGAUGGCUGACGGGAGCACAGUCAUCCUGGGUUUCCACGCCAAUGAGUUUGUGGUGUGGAGCCCCCGGUCACAUGAGAAACUCCACAUCAUCAACUGUGGUGGAGGGCAUCGCUCCUGGGCCUUCUCUGACACUGAGGCAGCCAUGGCCUUCACCUACCUCAAGGAUGGGGAAGUCAUGCUGUACCGGGCUCUGGGGGGCUGCACCCGACCCCAUGUCAUCCUUCGGGAGAGUCUGCAUGGCCGUGAGAUCACCUGUGUAAAGCGUGUAGGCACCAUCACUCUGGGGCCUGAGUAUGGAGUGCCCAACUUAAUGGAUCCUGACCAAGUGGAGCCUGCCAAUGAAGGACCUGGCCUGACCGAUAUCGUGAUCACAUGCAGUGAGGACACCACUGUCUGUGUCCUGGCACUCCCCACCGCCACGGGGGCAGCUCAUGCCCUGACGGCUGUUUGUAACCAUAUCUCCUCUGUGCGUGCACUGGCUGUGUGGGGCGUUAGCACCCCAGGUGGCACUAAGGAUCCCCGGCCUGGGCUUACUGCUCAUGUGGUGUCUGCGGGGGGCCGAGCUGAGAUGCACUGCUUCAGUCUCAUGAUCACGCCAGACACUUGCACCCCAAGCCGUCUUGCUUGCCAUGUCAUGCACCUCUCAUCCCACCGGCUGGAUGAGUACUGGGAUCGGCAGCGCAAUCGGCACCAGAUGGUCAAGGUGGACCCAGAGACCAGGUACAUGUGCCUUGCUGUGUGUGAGUCUGACAAGCCUGGCCUCGGUCCGAUUUUGGCUGCAGCCUGUAGUGAUGGUGCAGUGAGGCUCUUUCUUCUCCAGGACUCUGGACGCCGACUGCAGCUCCUGGCUGAAACCUUCCACCACAAACGCUGUGUCCUCAAGGUCCACUCUUUUACUCACGAGGUGCCCAACCAGCGCCGGAGGCUGUUCCUGUGCAGUGCUGCCACUGAUGGCAGCUUGGCCUUCUGGGAUCUCACCACCGUGCUGGACCAUGGCUCCAAGGCCCUGGAACCUCCGGCCGAGCCUGGGCUGCCCUACCGGCUGGGUACCCCUUGCCUGACUGUCCAGGCUCACAGCUCUGGUGUCAACAGUCUACACACCCUGCCCACAAGUGACGGCCAUCUUGUGGCCAGUGGCAGUGAGGAUGGCUCGCUUCAUGUCUUUGUGCUUGCUGUGGAGAUGCCAGAGCAGGAAGAAGCUGUGGGGGGUGUUGAGGUGAUACCCCAACUGAAAGUGCUAGAGGAAUAUUCUGUGCCCUCUGCACAUGCUGCCCAUGUGACAGGCCUGAAGAUCCUAAGCCCCAGCCUCAUGGUCACAGCCUCCAUUGACCAACGACUAACCUUCUGGCGUCUGGGACAUGGUGAGCCCAGCUUCAUGAACAGUGCUGUGUACCAUGUACCAGAUGUGGCCGACAUGGACUGUUGGCCUGUGAGCCCUGAGUUUGGCCACCGCUGUGCUCUUGGGGGCCAAGGGCUUGAGAUUUACAACUGGUAUGACUGAGGUGCACAUGGUGGCUGGCAUACGGGGCAUGGGGUCUGCUCAC